AUGGUGGUGGUGGUGGUGGUGGGGGGUGACAGUGCUGCUGUUCCGGUUCCAGAUAUCGGUGUUGACUGCGAUGACCCAAAUAUUUUUAAGGCAGUAGAUGAAGCACUGAGAUACUACAAUGAUGCUAAAGAAGAUGGGAACCAAUUUCUUCUGUUCAGAGUAACAGAUGCCAAACAAAGGAAUGAUGAAAAUGGUCAGAUACAUUAUUUUCUUGAUUAUGAAAUACGUGAAGGCUCAUGCACAGUGAAGAGCAUGCACAGUUGGCAAGAUUGCCAGUUCCAGGCACAUACACCAGAACAGGGAAAAUGUUCAGCACAUCUCCUUAUCAACACAGAAAAGAAGAUCCGGACUGUUGUGUCGCAAACCUGCAGUGUCAGUAAAGUGCCACUGGAACCAUAUGUGACUGCUGUUCAUCACCAGUGCCUUGGUUGUCCUUAUCCAAUAGACACAAACAAUGAAGAGGUUCUGCGAUUCGUACACAUCGCUAUUGAAAAAAUGAACAGACAGGGGAGUCAUCUGUACUACUUUGAUUUGGACCAAAUAGUAAAUGCCACCCGCCAGGUGGUGGGUGGAUGGGACUACAUCAUAAACUGUGUGGUUAGAAAGACAAACUGCUCUAAAAUGGAUUUUAAAACCAAAGAUUCAAAUGAAUGCAAACUUGACAAAGAAGGGGAAACAGGUGAGUGUGAACUCCAGGUAUCUGAAACUCCUGAUGGCCAAGUAAAUGAUAUCAUCUUAAAGUGCACAUCACAAGCUGGAGUUUGCCUUAACUGUCCUUUAAAUGUGGAUUCUGAUGAUGCUGAGCUUCAGAAUUUACUAAGCCAAGUUAUAGAUGAGUACAAUUCCAACAUUAAUGUUACAAAUCUGCACAAGCUUAACCAAGUGAUAAAGGCAACAAAACAUGGGUUUCAAGAACAGAUAUAUGAAGUGUUGUUUUCUAUGAUGCCAACCGUAUGCUCCAAACCUGACCACACCAUACUGGGAGACGAAUGUAACAAUUUAGAAAAUGCAUCUCCACUAUCCUGUGAUACCACAAUUAAGGUUACAGACAAGAGGAUUAAUGUUCAUUCAGGUCCUGUAUGUGUAGAACAACAAGCGUUAAUAAUGCGCCUAAGUGGCCUAUCUCCUCUACGUAUGAGCAAAAAACCUGACCAAGCUGAAACAAAUCUGCAACAGCACACCAAAGGUAAGAAUAAAGGCCAGCACAAGGGACGCAAACAAGAACAAAAGGGAAAAUCAGACAAAAAAAGAAAGCACAAACAUGAUGAUGAAGAUGAGUCUUCAGAGGAGGUGGAUGAAAGAGGAAUUAAUGUGAAUAUGAAAGAAGAUUCACACCAGGUUCUGGAUUUGCCCAGUGCUCAACCUACUGUACCAAGCAAAGAGGCAGUCCCAAAAGAUAUUGAAGAAAAAUCAAAUCUAGAGCUUCCAUAUGUUCCAAAAUGUCCUGGCAAGCUUUGGCAACCAAGAAGCUUGACUACAACAGUCAAAACAUUCACCGAUGAUGAUCUUGCAUUUGCUGCUGCUGAUUUUAAGCCUUUGCCAGAAAAAGAAGAAGAACCGAGUAAACCUUACACCCCAAAACAAAUUCCAUUCUUCGAUGAUGAAGACCUGUUACUAUAA